UUGACAUCGAUAAAUGCGUGCGAGUGCUCGCGAAGCGCGGAGGUGUCAAGCUGUCGCUCGCCCGCUCGCUCGGCUCGGUCGUUCGUACAUUCGUUCAUAUAUUCGUCCGCGUUCGCGUAUCGUCUGCGAAUCGACGUCGUAGUCGCUAUUUAAAUCAUCGCCCGUUUUUCGUCGCCGUGACCGUUUGCUCAUUCUCCAUUCGUGUACGGUAUUGUUCGUUGUCCGAUCAGCUUGUUCCCACCCCGCCACCGCUGUGCGCCCCUCCGCCCCUGUGGGAAACCUAUGUGUGCGGGAGAAAGAGAGAAAGAGAGAGAAAGAGAGAGAGAGAGAGAAUUAAUAGUGCUGGAUAGUGCCGAUCAUCCAACACAACAUAGUAGGGAAACACAGACACCUGCAAUCGGCGGGUAAAUGUGGUGAAACGCAGUGAGAAAGGAGCAGUGGAAACCAGAAGAGGAGAAGAGCACGGUCGCGGCAACAGGAGGAGGAAUCAAGACGACUGAACGAUCGCGAUUGAAGCAGAGACACGUGAAGAAGAAAGAAAAUAGAAAUACAUGAUUCCUAACGUUUAAAAAAGAAGAACGCUGAAAACGGAGCACUCGAGUAAAUGCGCUCGUGCAUUCCUGAGUGCUGGAGAUCGAUUGACAGUGAUCAAUAGAGAGAAAGAGAGAGAGAGAAAGAGAGAGAGAGAGUGAUACGCGAAUUCACCAAGCGAAGGGGGGAUAUUUGAGAGAAGCUGAGCUUAUUUGAAAAAGCUGGAAUCAACUUGGUAGAAAAAAAUUCAUUAAGCCACUCGAGAUCCCUCGAAGACGACGAUCGACGAGGGAAGAGAGUCCAGCUGGAAAUAUUCAUUGAUCGUUGUUUAUUCGUGACGAAGGCGAGGGAGCGACCGUUGGAGAAUCAAACAGGAGCAGCGGUGUAGAAAGAAAACUUUCCGCGUAUCUCCGUCUCGGCGACUCGGCCUCGGUUGCCGCUGCUGUUGCCCGCCGCCGUCGCUGUCGCCGUCCGCGCGGAUUGGUGCACGUUCCUCUCGUUCGGCGUGCGUCGGUGUCGUCAUCGGUUGGUUUACUUGUGCGCGUUCGUGCGCGCAGUUACGCGGCCGAAGGUAGUCGACGUGCGGCGGAGUCGCCCGAGGCGGCGCGGCGCGGCGCGGCGGCCGAAGACAUCACGAUUACGUAUCUCGCCGGUACUCCCCUUCCUCCCCCUUCAUUCUCGCCUGCGCGUCCGUUGUACGCGCACGUGCGCGCGCGCGUCGUGUGUGUGUGUGUGUGGUGUGGUGUGUGUGUGUGUCUCUCUGUCUCUCUCUCUGCUGUGCUGUGCGUGAGGCUGUGUACGUCCUCGGCACGUGUGUUGGCGCGGGAGCGUGCGGCAGAAGAAAGGGGAACGAGCGCGAACGGAAGCAGCCAGGAUUACUCCAAACCAAGGAAAUAUGAGCAUUGCUGCCCUAUUACAAGCCGCCGAGUACAUUGAACGAAGGGCAAGAGAAGCUGAACAUGGCUAUGCUUCAACGAUGCCAAUACCCGACGAUAUGCGGACGAUUACAAAGAGGCCAAAGACGAAGAAGUCCCAAGGCAGCAGAACGACUCAUAAUGAGUUGGAAAAAAAUAGGAGAGCCCAUCUUAGGACUUGUCUUGAGAAGCUGAAGCUGCUAGUGCCACUCGGGCCUGAAACCUCGAGACACACCACGUUGGGUCUUUUGACCAAGGCCAAGCGUUUUAUCAAGAACCUGGAGGAGCGCGAGCGUAAGCAUACCUCGCAAAAGGACCAGCUGUCGCGCGAGCACAGGUUCCUGAGACGGCGGCUCGAGCAGCUGACGAACCAGACCGGCCUCCAUGGCCUUCAUGCGCUUCAUGGCCUCCACGGGCUUAGCACGAGCGCGCCGACCGACUCCGUCGCCGCCACCACCGCCUCCGCAGCGAUGCUGUCUAAGCGGCGUAGUAUCUCUGAGUGCUCCCUGGGCACGGCAUCCACCAGCUCGACCGGAAGCUCCAGUAACUCGGACAGGUCUGCAGGUAGCCCAUCCAUCUCGGAGUCCGAUGAAGUGGACGUGAUUGGUUACACGAGCAAUCAAUCGGACACCGAUGAUCAUAGUAGCGUACAGAGUAGUAGCGACAGCGGUGUCGCGAUGUCCACCUCCAGACUGACUCUUUCCGAGAUGAUGGACAAUCUUUAGACAAAGAGGCGGUGCGAUGCGAUGGCGGCGAAAGAAGAAACGAUUGAAGAAGGAAAAGGGAAAAGGAUAGGGGAUAGGAGAUAGAGCGAAAGGAAGAAGAUCCAUCGGGGCGUACGAAAAUUGACGGCGCGCGAAAUAUCGACUCAUACACACAUUACAUAUAUACACAUAAAAUGCACAUUUAAAUUCGUACUCAAUGCAACUUUGUCCUUCCAAAAUGGCCUGACUGGCAAAUGUUAAAGAAGAAGAAGAAGAAGAAGAAGAAAAAGAAGAAGAAGAAGUCUUUUGGAUAUCUCGACUUGCGAAGAUUUUCAAACAAAACGGAAUAGAUUUAAAAAAUCAGAUAUGAAAGAGCUACGAGAUACUUGGAUUACCAAGGCUCAAAAAACAUCAAUCAUGACGCAAAAAAAAAUAGAAGAAACGUUAUCUUUGAUAUCAUCUAGCCUAUUAUAAAGAAGAGAAGAAGUCUUCAAUACUUUCAUUGAAUAUUGCGAAGAAGAGAUAAAUAACUUGAAAAAAGAAGAGACUAAUUAAAAACUAAAGACAGAAGAAAUGGUCCAUUCUAAGGUUAUUAUAUGAAAACGAAAAACAGUUUGAGAACAGAUUAAAACAAAAGGAUAUAAAUAUAAAUAUUAUCAGCUAAGAAGAACAACAUUUGGAAAUAUUGAUCGGAGAAAUCAAUAAGAAAAUAAACCAACCGCUUUCAAAAAACUGUAAAUGCAAAUGGAAGAUUUUACAUUUUCCGAAAUCGCAGUAAAGUCUGAUAUAUUAUGCAUUCAAAUGAAAAUAAAAGAAAAACAACGAGGAGAAAAGAAGAUGAAAGAAACGAAAUAAAAGAAAAAAGUUAAUAGACAAGAAGGUAAAUAAUUUAGGACAAAGGUAGAGAAUUAAGAAGAAAUGAGGAAAGUAAGAAGAGAAAAAAUAGGAGAAAAUUUGACGAACAAAAAAUAAGCCACUUUUCAGAAAAUUGAUGUCGAUGAAAAAGGAAUGGAAGCAUGGAAAAUAAGAGAAAAAAAUUGAGCAGAAAGGAAAGAAAAAAAAGUAGCAUGAACAACUAGAAGAGUGUGAAAAAGAAGAUUAUUGUAAAUUAUCGAGAAUUGACGAAAUCAUAGCAGCAUUGUAUAUAUUUUUAAGAACAUGCAGAUUUAUUAAGACAGCGUGGAUGUGCUGCAAGAGGAAAGAGCGAAAGGGAGAGAAAGAGAGAGAGAGAGAGAGAGAGAGAGAGAGAGAGAGAGA